AUGGUCUCCAUCUUGACUCUCAAUGAAGACUGCCUUUGCAGAAUUAUUUCCUUUUUGGAUGAUCCGCCCUCCUUUCUCAGCCUCGCUCUUACCUGCAGAAGAUUUAACCAGGUGGUUAACAACACUCGGAGCAUUCUCCAUCCAAAGGUACUACUAGCAAAAGCUGAAUAUUACAUAAAAUGCUACCUUGUGGAAAUCACCGAUGACAAGAGCGACUACCGCAAGUUUAGCAAGUUGGAAGAUCUUCUCUCCAAUGCUGUGCGUCUUACAGAAGCUAAGAAAACCCUGACUUUUGCGAAAUUGGUGAAUGUUUGGGAGAAAAACGGACCUGUAGUCGCUAAACUGUUCACGUGGAUCAGAAAUCAGGAGAGUCGUACUGAAAAUGGUGAACCAAGAGCGACUUGUGUUACCGAAUAUCAAAGUGUCACGUUGCAUUUGCCAGGCUGUGACAAGGACUUAAAGAUCGAUACCACCUACUUUUAUGACUACUACAAUAAUUACGACAACGAGUUGAGCAUCCACAUAACUUGUGGAGAUAUGGAUGUAAAGUGGGAAGGUAAGUCGGCGGGUUGUUAUUGAUGCAUUCAAGUUUAGUUGACUGCAUUGCUGAUAACUGUCAAUCAACUCGUUCAGUUGACUGACUUGACUGUUGACUGAGUGAAUGACUGACUAAUUAAGAGAGUGACUGAUUGACUGACUGAUUGAUUGACAGAUUGGUUGGGAGAGUCGUGUUUUCAACAACUGAAUUGAUAAAUAAAUGUAAAUUGGCCAAUGUAAAGAGUUUGUAAAGCUGAAGUUUAAAGCAUUAUAUGUAGCUCUUCAUCAGAGUAAAUACAAGAGAGCGACUGACUGGCAGACUGCUGCCUGAUUGAGAAAGUGACUGACUGAGUGAUUGAUUACUGACAGAUUGACAGAGUGACCAACUGACUUUCCAAGUGAGUGACUGACUAACUGACAGACAGACUGAUUAAGUGAGUUACUGACUGAGAGAUUGAGAGAGUGACUGACUGGUUAAGUGACUUAUUGACUGACUGAGAGUCUAACCAGCUUUAUUGACUGUCUGAGAGUCUGACCAGCUUUAUUGACUGACUGACUCACUCACUGAGAGUCUGACCAGCUUUAUCGACUGACUGACUGACUGACUGACUGAGAGGCUAACCAGCUUUAUUGACUGACUGACUGACUGAGAGUCUGACCAGCUUUACUGACUGACUGAGAGUCUGAGCAGCUUUAUUGGCUGACUGACUGGUUGAGAGAGUCUGACCAGCUUUAUUGACUGACUGACUGACAUACUGAGAGUCUGACCAGCUUUAUUGACUGACUGACUGAGUGUCUGACCAGCUUUAUUGACUGACUGACUGAGAGUCUGACCAGCUUUAUAGACUGACUGACUGACUUAGAGUCUGAUCAACUUUAUUGACUGACAGAUUGACUGACAGAGAGAGUCUCACCAGCUUCAUCAACUGACUGACUGACUGACUGACAGUCUGACCAGCUUUAUUGACUGACUAACUGACUAUCUUUCUGACUGACUGAGAGAGUCUGAUCAGCUUUAUUGACUGACAGACUGGCUGACUGAGAGAGUCUGACCAGUCUGACUGAUGAUGAAAGAGAUGAUGAGAGGAAGAGGCUAUGGAAGUGACUGAUUAAAUGAAUAAGUCAGUUAUUGAUUCAUUAACUGAUCCAAUAACCUCUCUUUUUUAUGCCAUGUCUGGUUGGGCUUAAAUGGUGUGCUAAGUCAUGCCAGCCAAAUAGUCAUGAAAAUAUUUGCACCAAAAAAAAAAAGGUUUGGCACACAUGGGUGUGAUGAAUUACAGUCAAGUUGCCGAUGGUUCAACUUACCAACACCAACUCGCCAAUGUAUAAAAUCGAGUAGAGACGUCGGUGAGUUGGUCUUCAAUCCAGUACAACUUAUUAGAAGUUAAAGAUAAAGAAAAGUAAAAGAUCUUUAGUUAAAAAAAAGACAUUUUUUUUUCUUCUAACAAAGUUUAUAUGGAUCUCAUGGUAAAUAAAGCAAGGUAAACAUCAGCAAUAACUCAUGUUUCUCCCAAAAUCCAAACAACUAGCUUUGCCUAUCAGCCCUUCUUUGGGUUCUGGUCAGCUUCUGGUUAGAUACUUAUCGUAUUUUUAUGGCCAUUCACCGGCAUAGCCUGAUAUUAGGACGGACCAAACAUAAACACCUUCAAAAAUGAGCUACCAAAGCAUGAAUCUAGAAUGAUGCUGGUUGUGAAACAAUAACUCAUUCACGUCUAAAGCUUUUUUGGUCAUUGGCGAUGUUCACCUUGCUUUAUUUGCCUUGAGAUCCCUAUAAACUUUGUUGGAAAUAAAAAGAAUUUUUUCUAUUGAAGAUCUUAUCUAGAAAGCUAAGUAUUUUUAAAAAAAUCUGACUGAUUGACAUGAUAAGUCUUUAGAGUGUUGUUGUCACACAAUAACUUGUUCAUGUCUAAGGCUUUUUUGGUCAUUGGUGAUGAUGUUUGCCUUGAUUUAUUCGCCUUGAGAUCCUCAUAAACUUUGUUGGAGAUAAAAAGAAUUGUUUUUUACUAAAGAUCUUGUCUAGAAAGCCAAGUUUUCUUAAAAAAUCUGACCGAUUGACAUGAUGAAUCUUUAUGGUGUUGUUGUUGCACAAUAACUUGUUCGCGUCUGAAGCUUUUACAGUCAUUGGCAAUGUUUACCUUGCUUUAUUCAUCAUGAGAUCCAUAUAAACUUUGUUGGAAGAAAAAAAAUGAAAAUGUUUUUUUAUUAAAGAUCUUUUACUUUUCUAUAUCUUUAACUUCUAAUAAGUUGUACUGGAUUGAAGACCAACUCGCCAAUGUCUCUACUUGAUUUUAUAUGUUGGCAAGUUGAGGUUGGUGAGUGAAACCAUUGGCGACUUGAUUGGAUACCGGUGUGGUUGACUAAGGUCCUAGGUGUAUUCAACCCCUCUUUUUCAAAGAAAAAUUACAGGUUAUAAACAAAAAAACAAAGCAGGCUCUAAAAUGCCUGGUAAAGUUAGCUUCUACUGAAUGUAUGUAUCAAAGUGAAUUGGAAUUUGUUGUGAGCAAGUUAACAUAUUAAAUCAGAUAGUGUUGUGCACUUUUUUACAUCAGCAGGCAUGUCUUGAAUGCUAUGUUGACUAUAGGGUCAAAAUACUAUUUUCAAAGCCAAAAUACCAUUUUGUACAGAUUUCACCCACAAUUGCCCAGAUGAUUACCAGUACUGGAAAGAAGAAGAAGUUCAUGAAGCAGUUGAACCAAUGAAACCAGUGGUGAAACUCCUACAGGAAGAGCUUGGUGAUACAGUUCCUCCAAUAACAGACAUUUUCUUUAUCUGGCUGUGUUAUUUCUUUCCACACAGAAAGAACUUGGUAGUAGAACACAAACUCAGGUUUACAGACCCAUCUAGGAAUGAAAAACCCACCCCAGGCCAUGCUCAGCCAGCUAUAGAUCUGUUUCAUCAGAACUUUCAAGCUGAAACCAAGUUGAAAAGUCUAGUGUCUGAAUGGAAUGAUACUGAGUCAGAUAUCUCCAGUCUGAUUGCCAAAACUGUGGUUGUCCUAAUUCAGAGAUCAGAGACAAAAUUCCUUGAAAAGCUUGAAGGGGUUGCUGAAAGCUUUUAUCGGAUUACCUCAGAUUAUGACUUAAAGUUGCUGCCUAAAAGGCUCUUGCUGGACUUGAUUUUGCGAACAAAACUUGAAUUCAGUAAUUACAGCCCUGGUUCAAUUGCAAACAAGUUUGUAGAAAGCAUAGCAUCAUUCAGGUUUUCAGAAGGUAAAGUGGUGAAAGUUUGGGGUGGUUUUCAUGGGGAUGGGAGAGGAGAAUCAUCUUGGGAUGACUUACUAGAGCUUAAAGUCACCUUACCAGAUGGCAAGGAAUUCAAGUUGGCAAGCUACAGACGUCACACACCAUCUAUUGAAAUUGAGAAGUUGAGUCCAGUUACUGAGCUAUUUCAACAAGGUAUUUGUAAAUGUAUGGAGCAAGAGAAGCACAUCCCCAUGUUAGAUGAUCGUUUUACGGCUUUUUAUUUGUUGCAUGUCCUGAAAUUUGGUAGAGAAGAUGAAGCAUUCCUUGGAAAGAAGGAUUUUAAGAAUCUGAUCAGUACAGGAUCUAGUGAGGAAGAAUCAUCGGAGGAGAGUGAAGAAGAACAGAGUGAUGAACAAUAA